CAACCGGAACCCCGGUAUUAGCGCGCGUGUAACUUGACGCUGGUACCUGUCACAGUCUCCCGUUCUCCUCAGUGUCUCGCCGAAAUGCCGGCUGGUCCCAGCUUCCCGGGGCUCAGGACUAACGGCAGUGUGCUAGCGUUCACCCGCGAAAUAUACGUCGUAGUUAUAAAAUGGCGUUUUUAACGUGACCUUGAGUUAAAGGACUUAUCACCGGCACGCACAGCGUUUUUCUCUCCGGUCCCGGGGGGUUGUGCUCCUCUGCAGCGCCCUGCAUUGUAACGGAAUGGGAGCUGGAUGAACUGAAAGUCGGACGUGGAUACGGGCUGAUGGAGCAGGAACGACAGGAGGAAUAGAAGCCUGCGGGAUCCUGAUAUAGUGCUCAACGCCGGCAUGACCUACAUAACCACAGAGCUUAAUGGACGCUCCUCAGGACAUCUCAUCAGACUUUAACUGACGUCCGGUUCAACCUUGUAACACAGUAAUAAGUGACCUUCCUUUCUGUGUGCUGCUGUGGAACUAUGCACAACAAGACAAGUGAAUGUGCGUAUGACUGAGUGGAGGGAACCAUCCAUGCAGCCCAUGUCCUAUGCAAAAUAAGGGAAGAUAAACAGCAUGAAAAGCAUUGCAUGCUGGAUGUUUUGGUGACCUUUUGUAACGCUCUGGAGUCUAAAGGGAACCAAAAGGGAAAAUUAAGCAAGCAGGUUGCCUGAGGCGUCUGGGUGCUACACUCCCUCUCAGUGUAUUGCUUCUGCUCUUUGGAUUAGUGUACAGCUCACGAGGCCCGCAGUGGAGCCGCGAUCAAAGGUCCAAAGAAGAGCAGGGCUGAAAGGUCUUUUGAACCCGGGGCAGCCUGCAGAUGCCUUAUCUACUCCAAAGCGAGGGAUUGUAUGGUUGUGGUCACUAAUAAUGCUGUGAUCAGCAAUAAACUCAACAGCCAAGCAAUAAAAAGAGAAGUGCUUUCAGAGAGAGUCAGACUUUUCUUUUGACUGACUGCAACAUAUACUGUUGCCGUUAUGCUUCUGAACUGCGGGCAGCCGUUACCUCUCCUGAGGCAUACAGACGUGCCGCCUCGGGUCAUAGAAAACUUCAUCCUGACUGGCUACCGCUUCCCAAACUACAGCCUGAAGGACUGCUUACUGUCGGCGUUCAGGCCCACCAAUGAAACUGGCAACUUCUGGACACACUUCCUCCCAGUUUUCAUCUUUUUAUACUAUUUUGUGGAGGUGUUUGGUUGGGAAGGUGCACCACCUGGUGACGCCCCGUUCUUCUAUCCGCUGUGGAACUACUUUAUCGGGGUGUUCUGUCUGCUAAUGGCUAGCAGCUUGGCCCACCUGCUCAACUCCAUGUCUCUGGUGGUAAGAGAAGUCUGCUUCUUUGUGGAUUACGGCACGAUCAGCGCCUACACGGUUGGCUCAUCGUUGGCGUACUACUACUACAUCCACCCUCGGGCAGGGAUAGUGGAGACCGGAGGCCACAAUGGCUCCCAUAUGGACUUGAAACCUGAACCUUCAGGGGCUCUUACAUCCUUCUAUGCAAUCCCAGAGUUCAGUGUGUUCUUUGAAACCUUCUACAUCCCGAGCGCGUGUGUUGUUGCAAUCAUUUGUGUUUUAUCUUGCUGCAACACUCGCCAGAGGUGGAGAAAGCAUCGAUACGUCAUCCGAACCCUGGUUUUCCUCCUGCCCUUCCUCGUCUCUUCCACGCCAGUCUUCUAUCGCCUCCUCACCAGAUCACCUUAUUCCACCACCUCCACCUCCUUUGCUGCUUCCACCUCCACCUCCAGCUUCUUCUAUCGCCACUGCCUCUGGCUACUGGUGUCGGCUGUCUUCAACAUCAGCAAGUUCCCCGAGCGGCUAGCCCCGGGUUGCUUCGACAUCUGGGGGCACAGCCACCAGUGGUUCCACUGUUGCACGUUUUUGUCCAUCCUUGACGAACUCCACAUGAUCAAGGCUGAGGUGAGGGCAAUCCUACUCAGUCCGACCCUGCUGCUGCCCCCUGCCACCCUCUCCCGCCUACCUGGGCCGACCGUACUUUCCACCUACGGGGUGAUGCUCUUCCUCCAGACCACCAUCAUCUCCAUCAUUGUGUGGUUCUCCUGGCGAGCCAACUGCAUCUACGGACCCCAGAGAGACCAGCUGGCAAAGGAACACCCCAAGAAACACCUGAAAUGCCACUGAUCAGGAGACAUCCAGACAUCUUUUUCUUUAAUCACCUCGACUGUGAAGGAAGAUUUGCACAUGCAUACAGAGCCAUGCCACAUAGAAAAGCGCACAAGUAAAACAAUAUUUCCCUUCCAGAUUUCAAGUCCGUCGUAUGUUCCAACCCCUUUGACAGCGUUUUAGAAGCUUUCAUAGGGGGAAAUUGGGGACGACGACAGAUGAAAGGAUUACACUCUGAGCUCUCCACAGGGUGGCUGUCUGGUUGAGUGGAUAUUGAAAGACCUUGCCAGUUCUGUCCCCUGAGCCCCGGCAUGUUCCAACAGGAAGUGUGGCAAUAAUAACUACCUCUAGGGACUGUACACUUGAGGACAGUGGAAAGGUGUUGCUAACCCGGAAAACACAUGUCCGAUAUAACAUUUGGGUAAUAUGGGCUUAAAUGUCAGCAUGACCAUAUGUCAAGUAGUUUCUCCUGUUGCGUUUCCCCUUCCUCCGACCUUAAACUGUGUCUUUCGAAAUUUCCCUGCUCUGGUUGCAGUUCAACCCAUUGUUUCACAUUGAAUUAAUCCUUUUUCUGACCUUUGUUGACCGCACCUUCCCUUCCUUCGACUUACACGAACGCUCACACGCGGUCUCAUUUCCUCCCUUUUUUCAAGUGACCCUUGCAGCAGGAAGUGCGGUGGCCUUGACGACGCAACAGAAAUAGCUGAGAGCUCAUAUCAGUCGUACAGUAAAGCACUUUCAGGGGGGCCAGUCAGACUCGCCCUGUCAUUAACUUAAGAAGCCAUGCUCGCUUUGUAACCUCAAAGGACGUGCAACAUCUCUGAAGCAUAUAAUGACGUCCUGCUGACAUGUUCUGUUGGUCUGUUUAGAUGUGAGAUGUAUUCAUAGUGCAGUGAUCUGCUGUAUGAUUUUCAUUCCACUGAUGACUCGUUCCACAUAGAUUACGUUCACACUGCUUGAAGUGCUCUAGUUCAGAUUAAAUGUGAUGUUAAAUCUGAUGUUUUUUAAUCAGUAUGAAAAGAGUACUGGAUUUGUCUGCAGAAGUGGUACACGCUCUGUGGAUGCGUGUCUUGAGCAGCUCCAGUUCAUUGUGAACGUAGAUGAAAUGAGGACAAUGAAACCAGAGGUUGCUGUGUGAUGUACAGCAAAGUUUCAGACCAAAAGCCAUAGUGUGGAAAAGUGAUAGUUGGAACAAUAGCUGCAAUAAUGUAGUUGUACUACAUUAUCAGGAACUUCCUGGAUAGAUUUGCACUCGGUGGAUAGAUCAGGUAGUUGCUCACCUCGCAGUUUGUACCUUUCGUGUUUUAUCAUUACAUUCAUGUCACAGAGCUAAGCCUCACGUUUCUCAAAAAUAUACACCCGGCAAUCUUUGAAAAACCCAGUGGCCAUUUAACAGCACUGAGCGCAGUUCUGAAGGCAUUCCCAUAAUCCUCACUCACUCUUAUACAGAGCCCCUGAAGUCUCGCAGAGGACAUUUUCUUGUGCACAUGAUGAAGAGUAAAAAGAAAUACAUUUAUCUUUGGGACUAUGUAGCCUUCCAACCAUCUGACAAAUAAUUAUUUUGUCCGCAGCGUCAUUAAAAAAACAGACGGACAAGCGAUUGAGGAAUGUGGAAGUAUCUUCAGAACAACAUUAAAUGUUUAAGGACCUUCUGGGUUUUUAAAGAUCGGCCGGUAUUUAUCAUUUCAGAAGUUGGAGAAGAAUUCACCAUGUGGAUUAAAUGCUCACAUUACCGGAGAAACUACCAUCUCUUUACUCAACUUUUAACUGCAUGAAGCGACAAUUAGCCUUAUUGUUAUCAAUUAUUUAUGUGCUGUAGUUUUUUCUAGAAUUCUCAAAAAAGACCCAAACCCAACAGACCCCAAUUUGUUGCCUAUAGCUACGGACACGGGCCACGUUUGGUUUUGAUUGUUUUAAAUCCAAUUUAUUAAGAAAUUCAAUUUUUCUCUCUUUGACUGUGUCAACUGUCUGCAUCCAUGUUUGUCAUGUGUUCCUAGUAGAUGUCCAGAUAGAAAGGGGGACAAGAGACAUAGUGUUACCCUGGUAACGGUCAGUAACAGAUCAAAUAAAGCAAAAGUACAGGCUUCAUGGUUAAACUAAUUUUCUAAUAUCCCAGCAGAAAAGAAAAUAGGUACACAGUCUAACACAUAUUCAGAUUAAAAGUCAUAGAUUUAGUUUGAUGAAACAUUUUCAUUUCUGCUGGGUCACAUUUAGUGACGGGUUCAAUUCUAUUCAGUAAACAGUUUUUUCCUGUCCAUUAACAAGACAGUACGGCUUCGUUCACACUGCAAGCCUUAGCACUCCAUUCUGAUUUAUUGCUCAGAUCUGCUUUUGUUUGUUUGGCUCUUUGUCUCCUUGUUAAAUGUGGCCCAUAUCAGAUUCCAGUGUGAGCAGCUCUCGGUCCUGAAGUGACGAGACUAGACUGACGUAAAUAUCUGAUAUGACUGUGUCACACUGCAAAGAGUGAGACCUGUUUCUGGUUUGGACCACUUAUGAAAGUGGCCUGAAUAAGAACUGUAAAGAUCAGAUUCCAUGUGAUUUGUGCUGUUCACACUGUCAGAAAAUCAGAUCUGAGCCACUUUAGCCUGCAGUCUGAGCCCUAUGUGCUGUAGUGAACCUGAGCCUGACCUGAUGAGGGGAGAGGAAAUAAGAUUUAAAUAUUGAAUGGUAGAAAAUAAUUCCUUUGUUCUUGUUAAUUUGCACACUGAAUGGACAAGAUUAAUUGGGAGAAUGUGUGUUUUCACUGCGUGUUUUUGUGUGAUUCUGUCAUGUCCUUGGUGAUUUUGUCCUGUCAAGCAGUCUGUCUCAGAGGGACUUGUGCUGCAUCCACAUGGAAACGCUAGACGCCGUGAUUGUCCAAAGUUAAAAUAUUUAAACUUUUUGACAUCCUUAAAACCGGAGGCUCCCUCACACAAGGAGAGAACAUGGGCAUCUGGACAAGACGCUAAUUACAUAAAAUAGCACGUACAAAAUAAUUAAAUUUUAUAUAUUUUAUUCCAUUGUUUAAUGAAACGGCAUGACCAAACAUCUGUUUCAUUUUGCUGUCUCGCCAUUGCGUCUGACAGUUUCUGUGUUUUUCCUGUGCUGUCCAGAAGGUGCUGUCCGUCUGUCUGAUUCCAUGUGAAUGCAUCAUUAAAUCUUAAGCUGUAAGCUCUUACUCAUACCUCACAUUUACAUGUUGAUAACUCGUGUUGUCUACUUCCAGAAAUGUUCUAAUUAACACUGUAUUAUCUCUACUCAUAUCUGCACAUUUACUUGUUUUGAUGCAUUCAUUUGCACAAGAGAACAUUGAUUAGAGUUGUUAAUUAUGUACAACACUGGAAUGAGUACAUAAGGACCACAUUGAGAGGUUGUGAUAAUCAUGCUGUUAUGGUGCACUUUAAAGCUGCUUUAAAGCUCCACGAAAUGUUCCUUUAAGGGUCAGCAGUACUGUAUUAUUUCAGGUUCAGGUAGUGCUUUCUAAUCAGACAGUUGGAGAGAUUCUUCAGAUAACGAUGUUGAAGCGAUGUUUCUACCUCAUUGGAGCAUUUCUGUCACUGUCACUGAGAAGAACCAUCGUUGAAACCGAUCCCUCGCCCUCCGAGACUGUGCAUGACACACUUGAAUCAAUCAAGGCAGUGUUCGGUGUGUGAAUGUUAAGACUUACAGACUACUGUAUCUUACCUAGUGAAGCACUCAGGGGUGACUGAAGAACCACACUAAUACAUUAUUCACACAUGCAUUAAACUAUGAAUUAGUAGUGGUGGGGGAUAAUUAUAGGUGUGUUAAUGCUGAAAAAGUGGAAAAAAAAAACCUCCGUUAUGUUAAUUGUUGUUUCAAUAGCACUAAUAUGAAUGAUUUGAGUUUUAUUGAAUAAAUUAUGCAGCGAACUGUUA